GGAGCCCCUCUGUCUGUCUCUCAUCAAUGGCUUCCUCCUGUCCUCCGCAGCCCCUCCUCCGCGGCCUCCCCGCGGCGGCCCUCCUCCUCCUCCUCCUCGUCCUCGCCCCCGCCGCCGACGCCUUGGCCUGCUCCUCCCAGAAUAUCACCAACAGCACCCUCUACUCCACCUGCCUCGACCUCCCCACCCUCUCCGCCUCCCUCCACUUCUCCUACGACCGCGCCAACUCCUCCGCCGCCGUCGCCUUCGUCGCCGCCCCGCCCAAGGGCGAGGACGGCUGGGUCGCCUGGGCCCUCAACCCCACCUCCACCGGCAUGUUCGGCGCCCAGGCCCUCAUCGCCUUCCGCGACGCCGGCGUCAUGACCGUGAAGACCUACAACAUCACUAACACCACAGUCAGGGAGUCGCCGAUCUCGUUCGAGACGUGGGACCGGGCCGCGGAGUACAAGUCGGCCGACGGCACGAUGAGGAUCUACGCGAAGAUCAAGGUGCCCGCCGGCGACCCGGCGAAGCUGAACCAGGUGUGGCAGGUGGGGUCGAGCGUGACGAACGGCGUGCCGGACCAGCACGCGAUGGCGGCGGAAAAUCUCGGAUCGAAGGGGACGCUCGAUUUGGUCGCCGGGACUGGUCGUUCUCCUGCGCCGGCGCCGACACUGGUCCCAACCACGGCGCCGACACUGGUCGCACCCCCGCCCAGUGGGGUUUCGAGGAUUGGGGAGGGCAGUAACGGUGCUUUCUUGGUCUUGAGCUUGGCUUUUCUCGUUAGUAGUUUCUUUGGGUUUUAGUAACUGUGUUUUUCCUGA